AUGAGUCUCCCGGCCCGCAUCAUCAACGCGAUUCUGUGGCGUGCAAAGAAUGCCUUCCUCUCCACUGCAGGCCCGCUGCCCUUCGACGCACACGACACACUGGAGAUGGACGACGCGCGAGCGCCACUGGACGGCGUGCUCGUCGAGCUCCUCGAGUGCGACCCCCGGGCCUCUUUCGUGAUCGAGCUGCCGCCAGAUCUGUCCCCGGAGUCGUCCCCGUCCACCAGCGUCGCGUUCGCCAACCUCGCCCUGACGGCGGACACGGGGCUCUACGACGCUAUUGUCGACACCAUCACCACUCGCGAUGGCCGCUUUUGGCAGUGGAUAGUGGGACAAGGGGCUGAGGCUUCUACAACCGCCGCCAACCCCGUGAACACCUUCUCUUACAUGGACUGCUUCUGGACGCGCUCUGUCUUUCGAAAGACCUUUGUCAUUGUCGGAUGCAAUGAGCAGCGACGGCCAAGCACUCUCCAACGGCCUGCCAUACGAGACCGUGAGAAAAGUCACACGCUGCUGCUCCCAGAACCCGAGCCCACGGUGGAUACUCUAACAGUUCCAGACGACGACUUCACCGUGCCGAGUUUGACGCCCGAGAGUGAAGAGCCGUUCGGUGUCACAGUCAACAACUUUGACUGGGCUUCUACACCUCUUGGGUCCAUGCUCCAGUGGCCAGCCAGUCUUCAGCAGACAUUCAACCAGAUUCUUGCCGAUUCCAGGCCCAUUGCCCUCUAUUGGGGCCCCAAGCUGACAAUCCUCUAUAAUGAGGCUUUCGGAAAGCUUUGUGGCGUCAAACACCCCGGCUUACUCGGAAAAUCAGUGGAAGAUGCUUGGCCAGACUUCUGCGACAAGAUCAAACAGACCAUGCAGAAGAGCACUGCCAAACUCAGGGCAAGCGUUGACGAGGAGUGGAGAUUUUUCAUUGAGAAAGCCGACGGCAGCCUCGAAGAGACGUACUUGAAGUGGUCCAUAGUGCCCAUCAUGCCGGAGCACGAUAACAAUGUUGGCUUCUUGCAGCCUGUUUUGGACACUACGUCGAUGCGAUUGUGGGAGCGCCGGAUGCAGAUGCUUAUCGAUUUAGGCGAUGCCCUCGUAGCAGCCAGAGAUGCCAAGUCGUAUUGGAGAAAGACCAUCGAGGCCUUGGAGGCUUGUGAUCCCAGUUAUGACGUCCCACUGGUUGUGCUCUACUCCGUCGAGCAUAGUACAGAGGCAUCAGAGGAGCCCAGCACGACCUGCAAUUUGGAGGGAUCGCUAGGUGUACCCAAGGGCCACCCUCUCAUCCCUCAGUCACUCGCGCUGGACAAGAGUGACACCGGCUUGUCUACCGUGUUUCGAGAAGCGAUCCGGGCCAAGGUGCCGACUAUACUGUCUCUCAAGGACGGCACGCUGCCAGAGCACCUUCUCCAAGAUAUUCACUGGCGCGGAUUCGAGGAUCCUUGCCAUGAAGCCAUAAUCGUCCCGAUACGGCCAACGAAGGACGAGCGAGUUAUGGGUUUGCUGGUGUUAGGACUGAACCCACGUCGACCAUACGACAAUGAUUAUCAGCAAUAUAUACUACUACUAAGCCAGAAGCUCACAACCACACUUGCGUGCACAAUCCUCCUUGAGGAGGAGGCACGCAGAGGUCGGAACAUCGCAGAGCAAGCAGCAUACGACAGAGCCAAGCUGAAAGAGAAACUGGCAGUCCAGACCAAGGAGGCGAACGAAUGGGUUUCCAAAUUUCAGGCUAUCGCUGAGCUGAUUCCAGUCGGCAUGUGCUUCGGCAACAUCCAGGGCGAAAUCACCUUUGCCAACGAUGCCUGGCAUCUGAUCACUGGUGUACCCAAGACCGACCGUAUCACCCACGACACGUUCAUGUCCCGCGUCGUGGAAGAUGAUCGACAGAACGUGUCUCGUGCUUAUAGCGAGAUGCGCGAGACCGGUUCGGUUACACUCGAGUUCCGAGUACGUAAAGACGACGAAGAGCCGCCGAUGCAACUCCCGAUCGGCAGCUCACCAUCUUUUGAGAAGGCCAGUUUAGAUUUGGUGAGCGAGGCGCCAAGGGUCAGGCACAUAUCCGCAGCUUUGAAGGCAGAAACUGCUCCCGACGGGACCAUACUGCGAGUGCUGGCCUGUAUGACGGACGUGACUCUGCAUAAGAGGGCCGCCGACGAGGCUAUUCGCCGGGCACAGCUAGCGGAAAACAUGAAGAAGAUGGCCGAUUCGGCAUCCGUGGGCAUGUAUGAAAUGCAGGCCGAUGGGCGAUUGAUCUGGGCCAAUAAUGUCUUCUUGGAGAUGUGUGGUCUGGAGAAAAAACUCGACCUCACCCACAAGGAGAUCAAGCCGUUCCAGACUUGUGUUGUAGACGAGGAUCUGCCGCUCAUUCACCAGGCGCUGGAGAAGCUUACGACUAACAAGGGCAAGAAGAGCUCAACCGAGAUCCGCCUGAAUACUGCUUGGUCGGAGGAAGACGGUACCGGCAACACUAUUGUUGCACCGCGAUGCAUGUUGGCAAUGUUCAGGCCAGUCAAAACCACGUACGGCAGGAUCGAGACCUUCACUGGUUGUUUGGUGGAUAUGACCCUACAACGGCACAAUCUGGAAACGGAGAGGAAACGGAAGGAUGAGGCCAUCGAGUCAAAACGACAACAAGAAAACUUCAUCGACAUGACCUCGCAUGAGAUGAGGAACCCACUCAGCGCAAUCGUGCAAUGCGCUGACUCUGUGGUUGCCUCGUGCUCAAAGGUACAAGACCUCCUAAGCUCACCAGGUGAUGCAGCAGAAGGGAACAUAUCGGAUGUGCUACAACUAAUGCAGAACUGCAUCGAUAAUGCUGAGACCAUUGAUAUCUGUGCACAGCAUCAGAGGCACAUCGUCGAUGAUAUCCUUACCAUGUCAAAGAUGGACUCGGAUCUUUUGGCUGUUAGUCCGACUACAGUCGACCCCAAGCUGGUCGCCAAGGAAUCGCUCAAGAUGUUCGAAGUUGAAGCGCGCCGAGUUGACAUAAAUCUCAGUAUGACCGUGGAUCCAAACUACCACAACCUGAGGACCGAGUUUCUGGACCUCGAUCCGUCCCGACUGCGACAGGUCCUCAUCAACUUGCUCACAAAUGCAUUGAAAUUCACCAAGACUCAGGCAACGAGAAACGUUUCGAUAACCCUGAGUGCUUCGGAGCAUCGUCCAACAGAUGCGACAUCAUCUGUGCAGUACAUCCCACAGACAUUGGAAGGACACGCCGCAGUAGCUGCGGUUUCCCACACUUCAUCGGAUGCCGAGGUUGUAUACUUAAUAUUCGAGGUGAAGGAUACCGGACAAGGCCUCACGGAGGAAGAAAAGUCAUCUCUCUUUCAACGUUUUGUACAGGCAUCGCCCAAGACUCAUGUCAAGUAUGGAGGCUCGGGACUGGGCCUUUUCAUCUCCAAGCGUUUGACUGAGAUGUUGGGAGGUCAGAUUGGAGUUGCUUCUCGUCCCGGCCACGGCUCAACGUUCGCAUUUUAUGUUGCAGCCGCUGUACCUGGAGAGGAAGCUCUGCAAGAAGCUCGCGCGACAGCCAAGACGGCCGAGCCGGCCGUUUCCACGCCGACUAGCGCCUCGCUUGAGAGGCUACCCUUCGGCGAAGUGUCAAGCGCUCUGGCUGCUGCGCCUUCGGACAACCUGGUGAAAGGCGUGCUGAUCGUGGAAGACAACCUGAUCAACCAGCAGAUCACACGGCGCGGGCUGUUGGACAAGGGUUACAAGAUCGAGGUCGCCAACCACGGAGUAGAAGCCCUCGAGAAAUUAAAGCAAACGAACCGCAUGGAUGGGGAAUUUCCGCUAGGUGUGGUCAUGAUGGACAUGGAAAUGCCAACGAUGGACGGUUUGACGUGCACCCGUAACAUCCGCGAGAUGGAGAACGAUGGCCAGAUCAAGGGACCCAGAAUCCCCAUCAUUGCAGUGUCUGCGAACGCGAGAAGCGAACAGAUCCAGGAAGCCAAGGCCGCAGGUUGCGACGAUGUCCUGGUCAAGCCAUACAAGAUCCCGGAACUCAUCAAGGUGAUGCAGAAGGUUGCGAAACGACUAAGCGUGGAGGAGCAAACCAAGACAGAGGAGGAUAAACCUGAACCGUGA